GUGCGGCAACUAUUAAAAAAGCGAAUGCACCACAAAGGCAAACUUCUCGAAAUUAUUUUCGCGCUUUGCCUUUUAGUUUUAGUCGCCCGAGGCGUGUGCAAACGUGUGGAAGCCAAAGAAAAUUGUGGAAAAGCCCAAGGAAAACGAGCAUACUCCCAUUAAAAAUUUGCUGUUAUAAUUAACACACUCAUUAAAUUCUGGGCGCUGCCGAAAUUGGCCAAGUCAUAAAUCGGCAAUUAGAAAAUCGGCAAUUAAAAGUUUCCAAACGAAAUUUUGUAAUCGUUUUCAUUGUGCAAUGUGUGAAAGCUGAUUAUAUAAGAGACGCAUUAAAGGAAAAGUCAGUGUAAAAGCAUUUCCGCAAAGUCAAUGCCCAGCGGAAAGUGAAAAGCCGGCAAAAUACAGGAAAAUUAAAAGAAAACUCAAUUUCGCACGGGUUCAAUUUUUUGGCAGCUGAAUUUUGACAGGCAAAAAGCAAAGUAAAAGCAAAAGCAAAGGCAAAAGAAAAUUCAAAAGCAAAAACUACUGCAACAAAUUGUAUAAAAAGCCAGACAAAGAGCGCAGAUAACAAGAGCCAGAGAGAGGGAGAGAGGAAGAGCGGGGGCAUAGACUUAUAAAUAAAACGAGCAGCCACGCAAAAAGAGCAGCAACAAGAAGAGAGAGAGAGAGAGAGAGGGCAAAAGAAACAUAAACAAACAAAGGGAACAACAACAACAAGAACAAGAUGCCGGAGCCUCUGGGCAUGCAGUGGUCCACGCCGGAGACAAAGAAGAAGGCGCCCAUUAUCAAGGUAUCCUGCGGCAUUGGCGACACGGACGGCUAUCCCGCCUUCGAUGUGGAAUCGGAUGUUUACGAUUCCAAGGAUGAUGAGAAAUGGGGCUUUCUGAUAACCGGCGGCGCCGAAUUUCACAUGCCCUUAACCGUCUUUCAGGUAACGCCCAAUGGUAUAGCCGACAAAUCGGGCGUACGUCUGGGCGAUAUAAUACUCGAGAUUAACGAAGAGGACGCCACGCAGCUGACACUGGCCCAGGCACACGAACGGAUCAACGCGACGCCCAAGAAGGUGCACUUUCUCAUGCGCAACAUGGAGGAGGACGAUGCCAUGGGCAUGUACGAGGCCGGCGAGGAGAAGUCCAUUGUGAUGCGUGUGCCCAAGCCGAUGCCGCCGCCAAAGGGCCGCGUGCUGCCCAGCUCCAUUGAGCUGCGCCUGCUGGAAAUGCAGCGCAAAUUGUCGGCCAUUGCGGAAAUACCAAAAAUCUUAAGCUCUACGCUGGCCACCGUCUCCCAAUCCUUUGGCAGCCUCAGCGUCGACGAGGACGAGCAGCAGCAGCUGCGCCACAUGCAGCGCAAGUGCUCCUACGAUGAGGAUGCGCUCGACUAUGAGCUGCUCGAGCAGCUGGCCAGCGGGGAUGAGGAGACGGACGAGGAGGAUGUGGAGGAAGAGGAGGAUGAUGAGGAGGAUGCGGAGCAGGAGGAUGAUCUGGUGCAGGUGCCGCCGGAUGACGAUGUAGCCAAGCAGCUAAAGGAUUUGACGCCCGAAUCGGAUUAUGCAUCGGAAGUCAAUUAUGCGACAAAUGAGCUGAGUGAUGAGCCAGACAAUGACAAUGACAAUGACAAGGAGAUGGAGAUGGAGAAUGAUGAUGACUUGGCAGCUCACAAGACCGUUUACUAUAUGAAACUGCCUGCCGUGGCCUCCAGUGAAGAGGAGGAUGAUGGGGAUAAUGAGGAGGACGAGGAUGACAGCGAUUUCCUAAGCACCACUUAUACGUGGAAUCUGCGUAAUGUGCCCAAGGUGCGCAUAAACGAGGGCGAUGUCAGCCCGCAGCUGGAGCUGAAGCCGGAGAAUGCGAUUGACACCUCAAAGGUGCGCGCUGCGACGCCAACGCCAACGCCCACGGCCAUGCCCACCGGCACGCCCACUUGCAAGCUUGAGGCGCCCGUGGAGGCAACAAUAGCAUCGCCAACGGAGUCACAAAAGCUGCUUUUCAAGCUGGAUAACCUGGAGCGCAGCUGGCCCUGGGCGGAUCGUGAGAAAAUCAUCUACAAGCAAUCAACUUGUCAUCUGGUGCCGCGUAAGCCCUUGGGAAUCGUUGGGCAGCGCAUCCAGCUGCUGGCCAAACAGGAGCUGCUGCACAAGGAUAAGACGCAAUAGUCGGGCACAUCGGCAGCUCCUCGCUUAGGCAUCCCAUCGUCUGUCUGGCUGCAGCUGGCAGCCAGCCAACUUUUAAUAGAGUUCAUUAUGCAAAAUGCGUCAGAGGCAAAGCAAAAAAAAAACUACUUUUAACAGAAGCCGCACAGGGUGAAGGGGCAACUUUUACACUCACUUACAUGUGUUCUCCGCCUGCCUUUGAAGCUUAUAGUUUUUGUUUUUUGUGCCUUUUUUAAUUAGUAACUGCGCUCUUAAUCUCUACUUAAUAUGCUAAUCAUCAUUUUUUUCAACUUGAUUUCACUUUAUUUC